UGCAGUGGUGUAAUUAUAGCUCACUGCAGCCUUCAACUCCUGGGCUGAAGUGAUCCUCCUGCAUCAGCCUCCCAAGUAGCUGGGACCAUAGAUUUGAGCCACCAUGCUAUCUAAUUAAAAACAAUUUUUGUUUGUUUGUUUUUUUUAGAGAUGGGGGGGGGUCUCAUUUUGCUGCCCAGGCUGGUCUGGAACUCCUGGCUUCAAGCAAUCCUUUUGCCUUGGCCUGCGAAGUACUGGGAUUACAGGCGUGAGCCAUUGUACUCAGCCCAAUCACUUGCAUUUUUGAGGUGGGCUAUAACCGAAUGCUAAGGUUGUCAGGAGGGCCCAGGACAUUCCAGAUUGAGGAUGGAACAGGUUGGGCAAAAGCACUGAAAAGUGAAAGUGGAAAGUAUUUUAGGAGACUCCAAUAACUCCUUUGUUUGAAGCAGUGUGCUGUCAUAAUGCAGCACUGCAAGAUGAGUCAACAGUAACUUGAUAUCUGAUUGUAGAAGGCCUUGAAUGCCCAGGUGAAGAUUCUGGACUGUAAUCGAAAUAGGGAGCCACUGAAGGUUCUAGAGCAGUGGAAUUCUAGCAAAGGAAGAUUUAUCUGAUGUGGGUAUGGAGGGUUCUUUAAGUGGAGAAAAUACCAGAGACAGGGAUAACACUAAAAGGCUUGUAUAUUAGUUUGUGCCAGAAGUAAUUCAUUAUUCAUUUAAUGUUCACUGUAACCCUGUGAGGUAAAUAUUAUCUCCAGUAUGUGGAUAAGGUAACUGAAGUUUAGUGAGAAAAAUUAAUUUACCCAAGGUCACAGGGACACUCAGUGGUGGAGCUUGGGUUUAAAAGUAGGUCUGGCUGUUUCCAAAGCUCUGUUUUCUGUCCAUUAAACAUACUGAAGAGUUAAAUAUAUGAGGGGUACAUAGGACCAAGAAGAGGAGAGUGAUAGUCAUUCACGGGGUAGGACUCAGGACCAGGUGCAUAAUUUGCAGGGCUCGGUGCAAAAAUGAUUGAGAGUUUCAAGAUAGUGACAACAGAGCAUUAGCCUAAGCACAGGGCCCCUCUGAGAGCAGGGAACUUGUGACUUCACAGGACGCACACCCAUGAAGCCAGCCCUUACAUGGUUAGUUUUCCAAUUACUAUGGCAGUGUAACAAACCACCUCAAAAUGUAGUGGCUUAAAAGGAUAAUGGGCCCGGCAUGGUAGCUCAUGCCUAUAAUCCCAGCACUUUGGAAAGCCGAGGCAGGAGGAUUGCUUGAGCCUGGGGGUUUCCAAUCAGCCUGGGCAACAUGUGAGACCCUGUCACACACACACACACACAAAGAUAACGUUGAUGUUGACUUUGCACAUGAGUGCAGGCUGUGGAGACAAGCACAUUUCUACUGCAUUCAGUGUUGGCUGGGGCAGCUCAGAGGCUGGGGGUUAGAAUUAUCUGGAGCUUGGCUCUCUCCCGUCUGGUUGUUGGGCUGGGAAGAUUUGAGCUGGAGGCUUCUCAGGCAUCUGUUUCUAGGUGGGUUCUCCACACUCUCUCUUCCGUAGGGUGGUUUCGGGGAGACCAGGCUCCUUCCAUGGUGGCUCAAGGUUCCAGAGGUGCACAUCUGUGUGUCAAGUGAAGGGGAGAACCAGAACCAGGCAUAAGCUAGGUCACUUUUAUUACUUGGACUUGGAAGUCGUGUAAGCACCAUUUCAGCAACUCAUUAGAAGCCAGUCACUAAGUCCAGAUCAUAUACAAGGGGAGGCGAGUUAGACUCCAAGUUUUGUGGGAAGGAAUGUCAAAGAAUGUGUAGACAGGUUUUUAAAGCUACCACAGUGGCCUAAUGAGUGAGAGGAUGAGUGGAUCUGAGGGGUGCUUCCCCUUUAUGCCUGAACGGCUCCCCCCAGAGUCAUCCUUUGGAGUUCACAGACAUCCUCCUUUAAAAGGCAUCUGAGGGCCGGGUGUGGUGGCUUACACCUAUAAUCCCAGCACUUUGGGAGGCUGAGGCAGGCGGAUCACGAGGUCAAGAGAUCGAGACCAUCCUGGCCAACAUGGUGAAACCCCGUCUCUACUAAAAAUACAAAAAUUAUCUGGGUGUGGUGGCGUGCACCUGUAGUCCCAGCUACUUGGGAGGCUGAGGCAGGAGAAUUGGUUGAACCUGGGAGACGGAGGUUGCAGUGAACCGAGAUCACGCCACUGCACUCCAGCCUGGUGACACAGCAAGACUCUGUCUCAAAAAAAAAAAAAAAAAAAAAAAAAAGGCACCUGCUAGUGUGUAAGAACACGUGAAGCCUGGAUGAUGAGUUUUGACAGCUCUGAGGGAUUUAAAUUACUCCAGUGCCUCCUGUCGGCCUGGGUCCUAGCAGUAAACAGAUAGGGUGGAGAAAGCAAUUUGAGAGGAGCCAGGUGGGAAGGGGGUGUGUGAAGCCACUGUGGGGCCGUGCAGAUGAACUCUUGGAAGGAAAAAGGCCUUAUUGUAGAUCAGGCACUGCACUUUACACGUCUUGUCUCAUUAAUUAAACCCUCACCACAGCCCUGCCAGAGGUGCUCUCGUCAGCCCCGCAUUACAGAUGGAGAACCUGAAGCACAGAAAAGCCGCACAGCUAGUGGGCUGUGGAGCCCAGAUUUGAACACAGGCAGCCUGAUGUCAGGGCCCAUACCCCCCAACUUUGGGCCGUACCACCUAUUCCAUAGCAAUUCUGUGUUUUUCUUGCGUUAACAUUUGUAUCUUUUCCUACUUACAUAUUUGCAAGCUUUAGGGGGAAAAAGAAAAAGUAAUUCGACCUUAAGAGAUCAGCUUAGUGAUAAGAGAGUGCCUCACAUAUGGCAGGUGUUCAAUAAAUAUUAAAGAAAUUAAUAUUUAUCCUUAUUGUACAAACUUAUAUCUAACUUGCCUUCCCUACGGAUGCUUGCCCUCUGGUCUUUGUCAUGUGGCAGCUGUUGGUGCUUUCCAUAGUAUUCUCUGUGGCACCCAGGCCAGGGAGCCAGAACUUCUGGCAUUCUCCUGGCCAACUGGCUCUCUCAGCCAUUAGGCACCCCUCCUUCCACCUUAGAGACUGGAACCCUCAGCUGACCUCAGCCCCCUUCUUCAAACCAGCAGCACUCUAGAUACAAAGAACUGGGAGAGGCAGCCCUCUCUCUGCCCAUUCACCCAGACCCUCCUUCAGCUGCUGCUUCCUGACCUCUCAGGCACCCUGUAGGCAGGGCCUUCUCUCUAACCUUCCUGGAAACAAGGCACUCAUCUCUGCAGCUCCUGGACCUCCAUUCAGUACCCAUAGGGUUUCUAGGGAGAUUUCUGUCUUCUACUUCCUGCUGAGGCCCAGGCGGUGGAACCCCACCCUUCUGGGGACCCGGGAAGCCUCCACACACUAGCGGCAAUUCCUUCAGUUCUCUGUCACUUGUCUCCUCGAACGUGAUUUGUGGUAUAUUUCAUGGCACAGAAGUUUAAACUUUUGAUAUACUCAAAUCUGCUCAUUUUUUCCUUUUAAACUUUCUGAGUUGAUUUAUUAUAUUUAAUGGUUCUAUCGCAUAAUAUGGUUUGUUCAGCCAUUGCCUAAAUGUUAGACAUUCAGGUUGCUUACAUUUGUUUGACUAAUAUUAAUAGCACAGCUAUACAUAUCUUUGUCAUUUCUUUUCCAUUUAUAUUCUUUUAUGUAAUCCCCAAGACGAUAUUGUUGGGUCAGAGUUUUAGGAAAUUAAUACACAUUUCCAGACUGCUCCCUAAAAACAUUUCAGGUUUAUAGUUCCAGAAGCAGUAAAGGUUAAUACUCACUGAUUCAGUUUCCUUAGUGAUUGUAAGACUAUCAAAGCUUAUUUCUUUUUGCAUCAGUUUUGCUAUUAAGUUUUUCUAGGAAAUUGGCCAUAUCCUCUAAGUUUUCAAAUCUCUGCUGUUUCUUUAGUUAUGUCCCUAUUUUCCUUCUUAAUAUUGUUUGUGCCUUUUCUAUUUGUACUUUUAGUCUUUGGUUUGUUUUUAUUUUUUUCUGAAAUGGGGUCUCACUCUGUCACCCAGGCUGGAGUACAGCAGCACAAUCACAGCUCACUGCAGUCUCAGCCUCCUGGGCUCAAGUCAUCCUUCACCUCAGCUUCCCAAGUAGCUAGGACUACAGGCGUGCACCACCACACCCAGCCAAUUUUUUAAAAUUAAUUUUUUGUAGAGAUAGGGGUCUCACUAUGUUGCCCAAGCUGGCCUCCAACUUCUGGGCUCAAGCAAUCCUUCUGCCUCAGCCUCCCAAAGUGCUGGUGAGAGGUGACAGUGUGUGCCCUCGCUCGUUCUCGGCGCCUCCUCGGCCUUGGCGCCCACUCUGGCCGCGCUUGAGGAGCCCUUCAGCCCACCGCUGCACUGUGGGAGCCCCUUUCUGUACUGGCCAAGGCUCCUUCAGCUUGCAGGGAGGUGUGUAGGGAGAGGCGCGAGCGCGAACGGGGGCUGCGCGCGGCGCUUGCCGGCCAGCGCGAGUUCCGGGUGGGCGUGGGCUCGGGGGCCCAGCACUCGGAGCUGCCGGCCGGCCCCGCCAGCCCCGGGUAGUGAGGGGCUUAGCACCUGGGCCAGCAGCUGCUAUGCUCUACUUCUCGCUGGGCCUCAGCUGCCUCCCCGCGGGGCAGGGCUCGAGACCUGCAGCCCGCCAUGCCUGAGCCUCCCCACUGCCGUGGGCUCCUGCACGGCCCGAGCCUCCCAACGAGCGCCGCCCCCUGCUCCACGGCGCCCAGUCCCAUCGACCACCCAAAGGCUGAGGAGUGCGGGCGCAGGGUGCGGGACUGACAGGCAGCUCCACCUGCGGCCCCGGUGCAGGAUCCACUGGGUGAAGCCAGCUGAGCUCUUGAGUCUGGUGGGGACUUGGAGAACCUUUAUGUCUAGCUAAGGGAUUGUAAAUACGCCAGUUGGCACUCUGUAUCUAGCUCAAGGUUUGUAAACACACCAGUCAGCACCCUGUGUCUAGCUCAGGGUUUGGGAAUGCACCAAUUGACACUCUGUAUCUAGCUAACCUAGUGGGGACGUGGAGAACCUUUGUGUCUAGCUCAGGGAUUGUAAACGCACCAAUCAGCACCCUGUCAAAACAGACCACUCGGCUCUCUGUAAAAUGGACCAAUCAGCAGGAUGUGGGUGGGGGCCGGAUAAGAGAAUAAAAUCAGGCUGCCGGAGCCAGUAGUGGCAACCUGUUCAGGUCGUUUUCCACGCUGUGGAAGGUUUGUUCUUUCGCUCUUUGCAAUAAAUCUUGCUGUUGCUCACUCUUUGGGUUCACACUGCCUUUAUGAGCUGUAACACUCACCACGAAGGUCUACAGCUUCACUCCUGAAGCCAGCGAGAUCACGAACCCACUGGGAGAAACGAACAACUCCAGGCGCACUGCCUUAAGAGCUGUAACACUCACUGCGAAGGUCCGCAGCUGCAUUCCUGAGCCAGCGAGACCACAAACCCACCAGAAGGAAGAAACUCCGAAAGCAUCCCAACAUCAGAAGGAACAAACUCCAGACACGCCGCCUUUAGGAACUGUAACACUCAACCGCGAGGGUCCGCAGCUUCAUUCUUGAAGUCAGUGAGACCAAGAACCCACCAAUUCCGGACACACUGGGAUUACAGGUGUGAACCACAACACCUGGCUCUCUUUGUUCCUAAUUGAAAUUGCCAAAGUUCCAGGAAGGAUGUUACCUUUGAUGAUGACAGUGUUAAUCCUGCUGCUGUUCCCCACGGGUCAGGCUGCCCCAAAGGAUGGAGUCACAAGGCCAGACUCUGAAGUGCAGCAUCAGCUCCUGCCCAACCCCUUCCAGCCAGGCCAGGAGCAGCUCGGACUUCUGCAGAGCUACCUAAAGGGACUAGGAAAGACAGAAGUGCAGCUGGAGCAUCUGAGCCGGGAGCAGGUUCUCCUCUACCUCUUUGCCCUCCAUGACUAUGACCAGAGUGGACAGCUGGAUGGCCUGGAGCUGCUGUCCAUGUUGACAGCUGCUCUGGCCCCUGGAGCUGCCAACUCUCCUACCACCAACCCGGUGAUCUUGAUAGUGGACAAAGUGCUCGAGACCCAGGACCUGAAUGGGGAUGGGCUCAUGACCCCUGCUGAGCUCAUCAACUUCCCGGGAGUAGCCCCCAGGCACGUGGAGCCCGGAGAGCCCCUUGCUCCUUCUCCUCAGGAGCCACAAGCUGUUGGAAGGCAGUCCCUAUUAGCUAAAAGCCCAUUAAGACAAGAAACACAGGAAGCCCCGGGUCCCAGAGAAGAAGCAAAGGGCCAGGUAGAGGCCAGAAGGGAGUCUUUGGAUCCUGUCCGGGAGCCUGGGGGCCAGGCAGAGGCUGAUGGAGAUGUUCCAGGGCCCAGAGGGGAAGCUGGGGGCCAGGCAGAGGCUGAAGGAGAUGCCCCAGGGCCCAGAGGGGAAGCUGGGGGCCAGGCAGAGGCCAGGGAGAAUGGAGAGGAGGCCAAGGUACUUCCAGGGGAAACACUGGAGUCUAAGAACACCCAAAAUGAGUUUGAGGUGCACAUUGUUCAAGUGGAGAAUGAUGAGAUCUAGAUCUUGAAGAUACAGGUACCCCACGAAGUCUCAGUGCCAGAACAUAAGCCCUGAAGUGGGUAGGGGAAAUGUACGCUGGGACAAGGACCACCUCUGUGCCCCCUGUCUGGUCCCAGUAGGUAUCAGGUCUUUCUGUGCAGCUCAGGGAGACCCUAAGUUAAGGGGCAGAUUACCAAUAAAGAACUGAAUGAAUUCAUCCCUCCGGGCCACCUCUCUACCCGUCCAGCCGGCCCAGACCCUCUCAGAGGAACGGGGUUGGGGACCGAAAGGACAGGGAUGCCGCCUUCCCAGUGUUUCUGGGCCUCACGGUGCUCCGGCAGCAGAGCGCAUGGUGCUAGCCAUGGCCGGCUGCAGAGGACCCAGUGAGGAAAGCUCAGUCUAUCCCUGGGCCCCAAACCCUCACUGGUUCCCCCUCACCUGGUGUUCAGACACCCCAUGCUCUCCUGCAGUUCAGGGCAGGUGACCCCCAUCCCCAGUAAUAUUAAUCAUCACUAGAACUUUUUGAGAGCCUUGUACACAUCAGGCAUCAUGCUGGACACUUUAUAUAUGAUUUUAUCCUCACAAUAAUUCUGUAGCCAAGCAGAAUUUGUUCCAUUUGACAGAUGAAGCAAUUGAGGCAGAUUGCAUUAAGUGCUGUACCCUAAGGUGAUAUGCAGCUAAUUAAAUGGCAGAUUUGAAUCCA